AUGGCUCUUUUCCUCGGUCGCCUUUCUGCUGACACCCGCUCGAGAGAUCUCGAGGAUCUCUUUGCCAAGUACGGCAGAGUCACCCGUCUCGACAUCAAGCGAGGAACCAACUCUGGAUAUGGUUUCGUCGAGUACGAGGAUCCUCGUGAUGCUGAUGAGGCUGUCCACAAGCUCAAUGGACACAUGGUGAACGGAAACCCCAUUGUCGUUGAGUUUGCCAAGAACAACGGUCGUCGCGCUGGUGAUAACGAAUGCUUCAAGUGCGGAAAGGAGGGACACUGGGCUAGAGAUUGCCGCGGAGGCGGAGGCGGACGCGAUGGUCGCGAUCGCAGAAGAUCUCGCUCCCCUCGCCGCCGUUCCCGUUCUCGCUCUCGCUCCCCUCGCCGCGAUUAUGACCGCGAUCGUUACGAACGUCGUGACUAUGAUCGCCGCGACCGUUCCCCCCGCCGCGACUACCGUGAUGACCGCCGUGACGACCGCCGUGACGAUCGCCGCGAUGACCGCGCUGGACGUGAUGAGCGCGAGGAGCCCCACCGUGAGGAACGUGUAGGCCGUGAAGAGCCCCGUCGUGUUGAUGAGGACCGUGGCCGCUCCCGUUCCCGCUCCCGCUCUCCCCGCCAGGACUAA